GAUGUGUCAUCUCAUAAUAAUGAGCCUAUCUUCAACAACGUGGACAUUGUUAAUCUCUCCAACUUCUGCCUCCCUUGGGGUGCUGCCAUCGAGUCCUGGUCGGUGGAACAAUGCCCUCCUGAUACCGUCUUCUUCACAUUUGUGGUCACCAAUGCAUCCUACCAAAAGGUACGACAGCCUAUCUCUCUCUUAAUCCUCAUACCUCCAAAACUUGAAGUUUACGACUUAUGCAUUCGAAGAAGCUAA